AUGUCGUCUCAAGGAAGCAAUGAUUUUCUCUCUGUCAACUCCACUGCUGUGGUCACGCCAACUUCCACUUCAGAUGAAUUUGAGUCCGAACAAGCCUAUCUAUUGUCUCGUUUACGUACAUUGCAGCUCUUUCUACUACUAGGAUAUAGUAUCAUGUGCUUACUCUGCAUCACCCUUGUAAUCUAUCUGCGAUUAAACCGAAAUACAGCUCUUCGAGGUGACGCCACAGCAGCUCGAAAAAUCAUUUUACCUGCAUUUGAGCCGUUGCUUUGGGUACUUGGACUUUCGACUGGAAUCUACUCAAUUUUCUUUGCCUCAGCGUUGGCUACGAAACUUUAUUCUUACAAAGUUUCCAGGCUUGCAACCGAAGUGUUCUACUCUGGUCGACAAUUUGUUUGUCUUAGCGUGAUUGUGUUUAUGUUUCAAAAAAGCGUCUCGGGUCCUGCGUUACGACGUACGUUAUUGAUCACGUUGUUUUUAUCAACCUACACGAUUCCAUUCAUCUAUAUCAUUACGACAUACUUUCCAACUUGCGAUUAUCGGAGACCAUUAAUAGUGGCACGUGGACUACUUUUACUGCUUUACACAUAUGUGCUCAUCCAUCCACCAGCUCGAGCAAGUAAACGUACAUUGCGUGAGUACUGUGUAUUUGUGUAUAUUUACUAUAUACUUUUGUUCGCGUACGUUGAAUGUUUUCGACAAGGUCACAAGGAGGCAGGCUUUUAUCUUACGUACUCUGAUCUAAUCUGUGGAUCCUUUUGUCCGUUGGUUAUUUGGCGAGUCUUGCGAGCAGAUACAGAGUAUUGGCGUGGUAUGGGCCAACGUGCUGUCGCAUUACAACGAUUGUUUUGUCAAAAUCAUGGCAUGCCGGAACGAGUUUCGUCCAAGGGCCUGCACAUUCUAAUCGAAAUGCACCGUAAAUUUAUCAUUGAUUUUGCCUAUUUGGAGCUACAACAUCGUAUCGGUAUCGGAGCAAGCUCAGUUGUUUUUAAGGGAGUUUUACGUUCCUCAAUGGAUGUUGCUAUCAAAGUUUAUACUCCAACUGAAUUCACAGAAGAUACUGUCGCUGCCUUCUCACAAGAAGCAGCACUUUGUGGUGUACUAUAUCAUCCAAACAUUGUUGCCUUUCACGGUAUGUGCGUCUGUCCACCAUCAAUUUGUUUAGUCAGCGAGCUAUGUAUCGGAAAUCUAGAGGAUGUCACAAUAGCUGCAGCAAGACAAUGCUCUACAAUGAGUAAAAACUGUCAAAAUCGCCAGCAGUUGUUACUUAAUAUUGCCUACAUGCUGGAUGCAGCGCGAGCAGUGGCAUAUCUUCAUAGCUUUCGUCCACCAUUUCUACAUCGAGACAUCAAGCCAACCAACUUUCUUGUUGAUGCAAAUAACACUGUCAAACUUACUGAUUUUGGUGAGUCUCGAUCACUUCCUCGCGCUCAGGUCGUUAGCAAUGAGCCCGUGAAAGCUUUUAAUGCGACACAUCGAAGUAGUAUGAGUGGAUAUUAUGGCGAUAAAGCUUCUACUGUUGCCAUUCUAGCAAGCGAAGACUCGAAUGCAAAAUUCUCACCAGAGUGUGCUACUUAUGAGAUUGAUAUGAUUGGAGCUGCCAAUGUUCGAAAACAUAAUGGCUCAGUCAUGACAAAUGAAUUUGAUUCGAUUCGAAACAUAAAGGCAGUCGCAAACGAGGGCAAUACCCACGUGAAUACAAUGCUUAUGACAGUCAAGGGUACUGUUGACUACAUGGCUCCUGAAGUUAUCAAUGGACGGGCUGGUCUUGCAGCUUAUGGCGAAGCUGCAGAUGUUUUUUCAUUAGCAAUUACAAUGUGGGACGUAUUUUACCCUGGACGGGAAAAGUUCCCAGGUACGAACAACAAUCAUUUUCGCGUGUUCGAUCUUGUGCUUGAAGGCCAACGUCCUGAGCUUGAUCGUGGCAUUCAUUCUUCUCUUCGUGCAGUGAUUGAAAGCGCUUGGCAGCAUGAUCCACAACUCCGUCCAACAGCUCAUAAGAUAGUGAAAACACUUGAAAGUAUACAAGAAGAACUAAGUGCAGCUUUUGCACUCGAAUUGACUGACGAGCUAGAAGACGCGUUAAGUUUAACAAAACCUGUUGACGCUCCAAGUGCCCCACUGCCUACUUUGCGAGGGUUUUCAGGAGAAGAAGCUAUUCAUCAUAUGCGUCAACUUCAGUAUGUCAAUACAACAAGUGAAGCAGUGCGUUUAGGCAACGCCCUGAUGGAUUCUGGUCUGCUGCACCAUUGCAAACACACCUAUCCAUUUGAAGCCUCAGACAAAAUAUACUAUUUCGAUGAUGAAAAUAUUCAUCUUUGUCAACCACUUGUUGAAAUCUGCACUCAAGAAUACAAAACCAAGCUUGACGUCGAGAGCACGACAGUAAUGAGCUCAAAUACUCACCCAUCACAUCACAUCAAGUAUCACUCAGACUCUACAAAUUUCGAUUCGGAAUCAACUCGAUUUCGCAGCGAUAAUUCUCAAUUCGAUCAAACACAAUUGAAAAAUGGAGUCUGUGAAUGUCGUAAAUUAGGACAACGACUCAAACUACCAAAGAGCUCAAAAUCACGAAAUCGAUUUCGCCGAAGAGGUAAAGGAAAGAAAGAAUCAGCUGGAGUAGAUGGUCUAAGUGGACAACUUCAAACAAAGUUACUUCUCGAAUUUCCACUCGAGCAUCACGAUUUUGACGACUUCGAUGCUUAUCCAUCUUCAGAAAUAUGA